AUGUAAAACAUCAUACAACAUGGUUCAGAUGAAGAAACCGAAUUUAUAUUCGAUUCCAAUACCAUGCAACUUAAUGACAGCAAGAGCAAAAUUUCCAAAGCCAAUGAUGAGAUCAAACAAUUGAAUGAUUAGAAUAAGGAAUUGGCCACUUAACUCAACAAGUAGAAUGAGUUACUCGAUUUAAAACAUAAAUAGAAUUAAUAGUUGCAAGUCGAUGGUAUGCUUGAUGUUUAAAACUUCUUAGUGAUAAAAUUAAAAUCGCAGCUUGAUGAAAGAGAACUUAAACUAUUAUAAUCUAUGAAAGAAAAACAAUCAUUGUAGAAUGAACUAAUUUGUUUCCAUGAUAUAAUGGAUCAAACUACCUAAAGAAAUGACCAAUUGAAUUCUGAAGUGUUUGCUCUUAGAUUAACAAUGGAACAAUUAUAAUGUAAGUAUUUAGUGAUUACUCAUUUAGAAACAACUACAAUGUGCAAGGAGGACUCUAAUUAAAUAUUACAAAGAGAGUUGAAAUUGAAGGAGAACAUUGAAGCAUAAACUAAAACCAUCAAAUAAUACGAAGAGACAGUUAGAAAAAUCACCAAUGAACUCAAUCAGAAACAGGCUUAAUUUAAAAUUGAUAACUAAAACAAGGACAACAUUAUAUCAGACUUAAAGAGAAAACACGAUUUAUAAUUGUAAUAGAAUACUGAAAUAAUCUCUGAGUUAAUAUAGUUUAAGAAUUAAAACUUAUAAAACAACUUCAUGAACAAAGACUAUAAACCAGAACUUACAAAAAUGACAAAGGAGAUUGAAGAAUAUAAAAUUCAAAUCAAAGGAUAGAACCAUUAGAUAAAACUAUCAAAUGAUUAGAUUUUGGCUCUCUAAAAUUAGAUCCAAAAACUUGAAUAAUCUAUUGGCACUCUCUUGACUGAUAUUCAAUAGACAAAAUAAAAAUUAAAGGAAAAGGAAUCAGAAUUAUAAAAUAAACUAGGGGAAAAUAUGUAGACUAUUGAAAAAUUAAAUAUUCAAAUUUCAUAAUUGAAUAAUCAAUUGUAAUUGUUUAAAAAUUAGGAUUAAAAGAUCAAUCUUGUCAGAAGUAUUUCCUAACCUUCUGACGAAAGAUAUCUUAAAGAAUUGCAAUAAAAGAACGAUUAUAUUGCCAUGUUACAAAACGAAAAUAACUAAUUAGUUAAAUUAAUUGAAACUCUGCAGAGUUAAAAAUCUGACAAUCAAGGUAGUGAAGUUCUUAAAGUUAGACAGUUGGAAUCAGAAUUGAAAAAUCUCCAAUCUUUCAUUUAUGACAGUCCAUUAGUGGUGCUAUUUAAUCUCCUUGAAGACAGAUUGUCCAAAUAAUAAUAAAAGAGUUUUGAGAAUAAGAAAAAGAUUUAGGAGUUUUGGAGCAAUCAAUUAAAACAAUGGGCAGAAGGUUUUGAGGAAUUGAAGAAAGCAUUUAAUGGUCUUAAGAUUUAAUUCAAGUAUGAUCUCAAGUAUCCAAUCCAAGGUUAAUAGCAAAAUGAAUGAUAUAAUUCAUAUGAUAUUAUAUAAAA